CUUUCUAACUGAGCUGCAAACCAAAUAUAUUAAUCUGUCAGUUAACGAAAAUCUCAGCUUUUCAUUGACAAACACAAAAUAUGUUUAUCGGGGUGAUUGUUGCUUCGUGAUGGUCACCAGCUUGGAAGUCGGAGUUCACCCACGUUUCUACAUCACUGGGAUCGCUCCAAAGCACGUAACAGUGCUAAGACAAGCGGUGGCCUUAGACUUGUCACGAUUUACAGAAAUGUAAAACCCUCUGCCAGAGAAGGGGUUUUGAUGAACACGACAGGGCACUUGGGCUGCUGUCAAAGAGUGCAUGCAGGUCCAAAGGUUGUUGAGAGCAGAACAGGUUGAACAAAGUUGUGCAGACGCACAAAAACAGCAAGUGCCUGCAUGGUGAAUUAUGUUGCACCCCUGCAAAAUUACACUUAUGCUAUGCAGGCUACUGUGUGUGAGAGGGAGAGCGGCGUGGAGAGGGGAGUUUCAUGUCUCUGGAACAAAUGUAAGCCCAUGAAUGUACUGUCACUCACAAGUGAGACUAAUACCAGUCCACACCGUCUCAGGUUCAUCAGGCGUUGUUGAAACAUUGUGUUAAAUUAUAAAAAAGACCCCAAGCUUUUUACUUCAGUAUCCAAGUAUAGAUAACCUUUAACCCCCUUUUCUUAUUUUUCGUCUAAAUCUAAAGGUCAGCUCACUGUUGCGCCGCUGGCUCACUGCCAGUCCAGCUUUUACCAUCCGGAGUCCUGAAUUUAAAUGAUGGAUUUUUUCCCCUGUGUGGUAUAACAUAACUUCUCAUCCCCACAAACUUGAUACAUGUUCCUGCAAAUUUCUUGCAUUGUCAGCUCAUAUUGUCCUAAAUUGUGGGGACAUGGGCAGCUUCUGCUUUUAUUUAAUACAAACAUUAAACCACAGGUUAAAUUUUCCUUAAGUUCCAUUGCUAUACAAUAAACAAGAGGCAUAACAUAAAAAUAAAAAGCACUAAGAGCAAGAUACUAAUGCCUAUAAAAAAUUCUGGCUGAACCCACAAAAAUAUAAAUAAAAAGAACAUUGAUUUCCAGCGAAGAUUGAAAUGACUUUCUUGUGGUUAAUAUAGCCAGCAUUUGUUUUGCUCUGACUAAUGUUCCUGCUCUUAAUAACAUAUUUGAUUACUGCUGGCAACAUUUCAAACUUACAAAUCGACAUAGCCUACAGAGCACUUGUUUUGCAUUGUGAAACACCAUACAACUUGUCUUCCCUAAUUGCAUUAUAUGAGAUUUAGUGUUCCUUUCAGAGUGAACUAAAUGUGUAAUUUGCAGUGUUAAUUGGAGCCAUAUGAGUCAUUUUACACCCACCUCUUUUAGUUACAGUUUCGAGGACUGGUGUGUUUUUCAAAAUUCCUCUGAAGCGCAUCUUCCUUUUUUAAAAGAGCAAACAUCGUUUUGUUGUAAUGCGGAAAAUGCGAGUUUAUAUGAUCUCAGUGGUUUUGCUGAGGAAAAACAGGGGUUUACUCAUCAUUGCCAGAACAACACGGCAGCACAUUAACUAUUCACAUAAUUAACCUUACGAUGCAUGUUAGAUGUUAAUGAUAAUUAAAAUACAAAAAAUAAGAUUUUGUCUCUGAUAAAAUAGUUGUAGAAAGGCAAACAGGUGGUUUUUACUAACUGAGGGUCACACACAUUGCCUGCCUGCUAAGCCACAUACGUACCGGCUCUAAUGUGGCAUAUAAACACAACUCUCAUCUUUUUCUUUCCUCCCAAGGGUUACCACUGUGUCCUCUGCAGAGGUCUGAGUCGAGAUGGGGAGCAAAGCCCUGCACGCUCCGAUCCCCCUACACCCGGCCCUUCAGCUCACAAACUACUCCUUCCUGCAGGCCGUCAACACGUUCCCAGCUGACCAGCUGCAGGGACUGUACGGCCUCAGCGCGGUGCAAACCAUGCACAUGAACCACUGGACUCUUGGUUACCCGCACAUUCAAGGACUGAGGUCGACGAUCACGGAGAUGGCAGCUGCGCAGGGUCUGGUCGACCCCAGGCUGCCCUUCCCAGCGAUACCCUUCUCAGCCGCAGCGCAGCUCUUUCAUCAAAAACAGGCAGUCGUGGGGCACGGCAUCCCGUCGCUUCACAAGGACAGGCCGAGGUUUGACUUCGCCAACCUGGCCCUCGCUGCCACUCAGGAGGACCCGCCGAAAGCUGUGGAUCUGGCGAAGUUGGCGUCGGGGCUAGGGGGGACGAUCUCCGAGCUGAGCAAGCUGUCCCCGGAAAGAAAACCCACCCGGGGCAGACUCCCGUCUAAAACUAAAAAGGAAUUUAUUUGCAAGUUCUGCGGCAGACAUUUCACCAAGUCCUACAACCUCCUCAUCCACGAGAGGACCCACACAGACGAACGACCGUAUACCUGUGAUAUUUGCCACAAGGCUUUCCGAAGACAAGACCAUCUCCGAGACCACAGAUACAUCCACUCCAAGGAAAAACCAUUCAAAUGUCAAGAAUGUGGGAAAGGAUUCUGUCAGUCUCGAACUCUAGCCGUCCAUAAAACCUUACAUAUGCAGGAGUCUCCCCACAAAUGCCCCACAUGCGGAAGAACCUUUAAUCAAAGAAGUAACCUGAAAACUCACCUUCUCACCCAUACAGACAUCAAGCCCUACAGCUGUGGCCGCUGCGGAAAGGUGUUUCGGCGCAACUGUGACUUGCGACGGCACAGUUUGACGCACAGCCCACAUCAGGACUACUAGCCUGGACAGACUAACAAAAUAACAAUGGACAAAAAAGCAGGAAGACAAGUCAGCGACUUCUCCUAUUUCUUCUUCUGUUUUUUUUUCUUCUUUUUUUCCCCCAUUUGGUUCAAAGACAGUCUCCAAAUCAGGACACGUUCACUGGCGCACACUUUGGAGCUUGGUUGCACAUCAAAUGGGACAGCAGCGGAGCCAUGGCCAUUUCCAGCUUUCACACCCACCUGUAAAUAUCAAGACCAUGUACAUAAUGUUGUUUUUUAUUUUCCUCUCUGGCCUUGAAAUUAUAAAGUCAUAAG